AUGAAGCUGAACUCGGAAAAAGUUGAAUUACAGCCCAGGCCCAGGCCUACGCUCUCGCUGGUCUCCGUCUCUACGAGUCCGAGGGUAUCCGAACUUGAGGACGCCGCGUCAACUCGAGAGGGCGACGCCGACGAGUUCAGCCUGGUUCAGCUUCACCAUCGUCUCGAGCUCGAGUGCCUCCCGCCGGUCGACCAAGGCAAGCAUGCCUACCUGUUCCUCCUGGCGUGCUUCAUUCUCGAGGCGUUGAUCUGGGGCUAUCCGUUUUGCUUUGGCAUCUUCUCAGGCUACUAUGCCCGGACACCCCCUUUCGAGGGCUCAACAGCCAUAGCAAACAUAGGGACAUGUUGUUCGGGAUUGAUGUACCUCUGUGGCUUGCCGGCCCUGGUCCUCAACCGUAUGUUCCCUAGAUGGGCGAGGUACUCACCCCUGAUCGGACUGUUCAUCGUGUGCGCGGCGCUCUUCGUGAGCGCCUACGCAACCAACGUCACCGAGCUCAUCAUCAGCCAAGGUGUCUUCUACGGCAUCGGCGGGGCCAUCGCGUACAUGCCGUGCAUCAUGUACAUCGACGAGUGGUUCGUCAAGAGGAAAGGCCUCGCGUACGGCAUCAUGUGGUCCGGGACGGGGCUUGCGGGCGUGGUCCUACCGCUGAUCCUGGAGAAGCUGCUGGAGAUUUACGGCUACAAGACGACCAUGAUCAUCUGGGCGGUGGUGCUCUUCGCCAUCACGGCGCCGCUGGCGUGGUACAUCAAGCCGCGGGUGCCCCCGCUGCCGGUGCGGCGCCUCCGGGCCUUCAACUUCCGUUUCUGCCUGUCGCGCCGCUUCAUCAUGUACCAGCUGUCCAACACGGUCGAGGCCAUCGGCUUCUACAUCCCGGGUAUCUACAUCCCCAUCUACGCGGCCAGCGUGCUCGGCGCGGAGGAGUUCGCAACGGCGCUGUGUAUCCUCCUCUUCAACAUCUCCUCCGUCGUCGGCUGCAUUGGCAUUGGCUGGCUCAUCGACCGCUUCCACGUUACCACCUGCGUCAUGGUGACCACCGUCGGCGCCACAAUGGGGACUAUGCUCCUGUGGGGUUGCGCCUUCAACAUGCCCAUGGUCUACAUCUACUGCGUCAGCUACGGCCUGUCGGCGGGCUCCUUCUCCACCACCUGGACCGGAGUCAUGCGCGAGGUGGCCGGCAAGGACAUGCAGAGCAGCAGCACACCGAGCUCGCUCAGCGGCGACGGCGGCGAGGUCGCUGGUGUCGGCGGCGGGCAUGGAGCCCCUGGCGCCGUCGAGUCGCCCAUGUCUGAGUUCACCGGCUCGUACUCGGAGAACAUCGACCCCAUCAUGGUCUUUGUCAUGCUCGCCGCGGGCCGCGGCUUCGGCAACGUUAUCUCCGGCCCGAUCAGCCAGGUCAUGUACCACUCCAAGCCGUGGGAGGGCGCGGCCGCCCUGGCGUACGGCAGCGGCUAUGGCAGCCUGAUCGUCUUCACCGGUGUCACGGCAUUGGGGUCCGGGGCCUGCUUCCUCGGGCGCCGGUUUGGCUGGUGUUAA